AUCUUAAUCCGUUGAAACAUCCAUACAACCUCCAAGAAUUCGAUUUGAAGGACAUAACUCUUUGGCCACAAAUCAGAGUAAUCGUAUUUAAGCUUGUAUGGAUGAUAAGGAAUCGAUAUUUGAGAACAUAAAGGCUGUGCUGGUAGCCUCGAGUUUCAACUGGGACGAACUCUACAUCCGUUCACUUUCUUCUGGCGUGCUUAUCAACCCAUUGUUGCUUGAUGAGGUCGAAUACUUGCCUAACCAGCUUUGUCAGGACCAAACUCUGCUCUUCGAUUGCAUUAACGAAGUUCUUGUUGAAUUUUGUGAGCACUAUUUCGGUUCCCCGGGGAUUUCAUUUGUUAAACCCAAUAUCCGUUCUCUCCCAAACAUGAAUAAUACCAUUCAAGAGGUCACGAAAGGAGUUUAUGAGCAUUUGCUCACGGUGCCGGUGCCUUGUACUUUGGAUCUGAUAAUCAGAAAAGACUUGGCUAAGUCAGGAACAUGGAUGGAUCUUCAACUUGACACUGGUUGUAUUAGUGUUGAGAUUGGUGAAGCCAUCUUUGAAGAUUUAGUGGGAGACACCAUAACAAGCUGCUUAAAUGGACGUCGGGAUGCGAAUGUAAUGUGCUUCCGGCUUAGCUGAAGGAACUACGGCAGUUAGAUUUACUCAUGAAAGGCAACUGAGUUUUACAACUUGAGUUUGAGUUUGAGUUGGAGUUUGGAUUGGAUUGGAUUGAUUACUUACACCAUAGAUGGUGUCUAUUAAACUAUCCAGCAAGCAUUGUUGUUGGUAACAAAAACAUAAGUUG